AAUGGACCAAUUAUGGAAAGAUCACCAACAAUCUAUUCCAACAACAAUUUCCAGAUAAAGAAAUAACAAAUGAAUACAAAACACCAUAUGACGGUGACAAACAAGAAAUUACGACAGAAAAGCCUAAUUAUCUGUGA